UUGCUUAUCCAAAGGGGCAUUCAAGUCAUUUUGAUCUUCAAUCUCCGGUGUAAAAUCACAGGUCGCGGCUCUAAUUCAUUCACUAAGCUGUUUCAAAUUCUCUGUCAAUUCGUCAGAAAAUUAACCGCGGAUUUCGCAACUCAAUUCAGGUCUGAGCAAGCAUUCUAGUUGUUAGGCUUCAUUCGAUCGGUUAAGGUUCGUUCAUGUCUGAGCUCGAAUCCCAGAUUCCUACUACCUUUGAUCCUUUUGCUGAUGCAAAUGCUGAAGACUCGGGCGCUGGUGGAAAAGAGUAUGUGCAUAUUCGUAUACAGCAAAGAAAUGGUAGGAAAAGCUUGACAACUGUGCAGGGGUUGAAGAAGGAAUUCAGCUACAACAAGAUACUCAAAGAUCUUAAGAAGGAAUUCUGCUGCAAUGGUACAGUGGUGCAGGACCCUGAAUUAGGGCAGGUUAUACAACUUCAAGGCGAUCAAAGAAAGAACGUGUCUAGUUUCCUGACUGGGGCAGGAAUUGUGAAGAAGGACAACAUCAAAAUCCAUGGUUUCUAAGCAGCACCAGCUACAAUAAAAUCUUUGCCCGGUGAAAUUCCCCUUCCUAUGUUGGCGCAGAAACUGUUUGAAAUUUAGAAUAUAUUUAAGCUGUUGAAUCUUUAUAUGAUGUUGGCUUGAUAAGAUAAGAAAGCAACUUUGUUUCUGUUAAUUUUUUUAUCGAAUUAUGUGGAUUGUGUUUGUGAUGAUAAUAGAAUAUGCGACGCCACACCCUUAUAUUUUAAA